AUGCUUCAUCCCUUCAACGUAGAUAACGGCAUGCCGGCCGAAAUUUUGCAGCUGAUCUUUGACAAUUUGGUAGGUGAGACUGGGACUCUGGCUCGGGUCGGGCUCGUCUCCCGCUCAUGGCGCACCCUCUCCCUCCCCUUCUUACUCAAGGAUGUCGACCUCAGCAGUCAUAAUAACGGCCGACUUCCUGAGUACGAGACCCCGUCUUUUCCUCUUCUUCGUGGAAUCACCAUGGCCGAUUACUCGGACGAGUACCGUCCUCGUAGCCUGAUCCCACGCCAGCGCGCUUUCCUUCGCCUCAUAAUAGACCGUCCCGAACUCGCUAUGCACGUCAAAGCCUUUACGUGGACUCUCGUGUGGAUAGACUUUGAAGAGGAUGGAUUAACGGACAUGGACUUGCGGGCCUGGGAUGUCUUUAGUCGCUUGCAGAAUGUCGCCCGUCUGGACCUCGCGUCAUUGCAUAACAUCAGAGACCAACCAUAUAUCCGCCAAAACCCCGCCAGGCUCUUUCCCGCCAUUACUCACCUCCGUCUCGUUGGUUGGAUGCACCGUGGACUAGUCAAAACCAUAUUAGCCUCUCUAGAUGCGAGUAAACUUAGUUCUCUCGAGCUUGAUCACUUGCAAGACGAAGGUGCUCUGCCCAGCGGCGAGCCGAUACCGCAGGAUUUGGCCACGAAACACUCUCACCACCAAGGUGACCCGUAUGGCGACGAAGGCAUUGACGAAACGCUGUGGGCACGCCAAGAGCGAGGAGACGCAGCCAUCUUCCCUGGACCCAUGUGGUUUCCCUUGCGCUUCCUGCGUCAACGCUACUUGGGUUCAAUGAAGCAUCUUCAUAUUAGACUCGGCCCUUUCACAGAUACCCUUGACCAGCGCAAUUGCAUAACCAUGUUUCACGAAACGGCCCAAUUCAUUCGAAGCACAAAAGACACGCUGAAGAGCAUCUCCAUUGGACUAGGAGAACAUCCUACCCUCCACUGCAAAGACGAAGAUCUGCUUGGCUCGUGUGGGACAUCUCGGAUCAGAAUCCGCCAAAUCUACCGUCCCUUUUGUUUUGACCUGACCUCGGCCUUCCUCCACCGCAUACUUGCGGUACUGACCGAGGAGCAAUUCCCACAUCUCACACGAGUAGACCUAGAGGGGUUCCGCAUCAUACGGAGCGGAACUUCGCGACUUGCGCGACCCCCAAGCCUUGAUCUGACAUGGCAGUAUAUCCGCGACUGUCCCUUUGUCGACGAAGGGUUUACGAAGACGGCUAAUGUCGACUACCGUCAGCCCUUCUCUGGCUACGAUUACUAUCUCUCGGAGAUGGACCAGGACAAGCUCGACGAAUUAGAAGAAAUACUAGAAAGGAGUUAA